AUGAAGGCCAAGGGGCGGCAGACGAGGCAGUGGAGGAAAAGGGGGCAGAAAGCAGAGGCGGGCGGGGGCGGGGAAAGGCAGAGGCCGGCGGGCGGGGGCGGGGAAAGGCAGAGGCCGGCGGGCGGGGGCGGGGAAAGGCAGAGGCCGGCGGGCGGGGGCGGGGAAAGGCAGAGGCCGGCGGGCGGGUGCGGGGAAAGGCAGAGGCCGGCGGGCGGGGGCGGGGAAAGGCAGAGGCCGGCGGGCGGGGGCGGGGAAAGGCAGAGGCCGGCGGGCGGGGGCGGGGAAAGGCAGAGGCCGGCGGGCGGGGGCGGGGAAAGGCAGAGGCCGGCGGGCGGGGGCGGGGAAAGGCAGAGGCCGGCGGGCGGGGGCGGGGAAAGGCAGAGGCAGGCGGGCGGGGGCGGGGAAAGGCAGAGGCAGGCGGGCGGGGAAAGGCAGAGGCAGGCGGGCGGGGAAAGGCAGAGGCAGGCAGGCGGGGGCGGGGAAAGGCAGAGGCAGGCGGGGGCGGGGAAAGGCAGAGGCAGGCGGGGGCGGGGAAAGGCAGAGGCAGGCGGGGGCGGGGAAAGGCAGAGGCAGGCGGGGGCGGGGAAAGGCAGAGGUUCCAACAAUCAGGCAGCUGACGCCCUAAGCAAGAUGUUUAGUGAAGACCCCAAAUCUCAGCAAGGGGGAGAGGAUGACUUCAGUAGUCAAGUGGUGAAUAGUGUCCUCACAGAGAUCCCUCAAUUAUUCAUUGACCUUAAAACCAAGCAGAAUGAGGAUCCACAUAUGGGUCCGAUCAAGUGGAAGGUCACUGCUGGCAAAGGCCUGCCCAGUUACUCUUUAACAGGUUGGUAA